UUUUUUGUCCUUAUUUUAAAUUUGACGUUGGGAUAAAGUUUUUUUUUCUUUGAAUCAUUUAAAGACUCGUGAUGGCUGUCCUAUCACUAGCGUUGCUACUAGUAGGAUUUGUAUUGACUUCAGCUGACAAGGCUGGUGAAGUAGAUAAAGAGGACCAGCUGAGGAGCCGGCUGAAGGAAUACGGCCUCGUCACUCCUUUCAGCACCGACUCUCACGGACACUACCUGUCACACCUGCUCUCUGCCACUCACAAGCAGCGCGUCAAGAGGGAGGUGUUCUCUGCUGGUGAAGCUGAACAGAAGCUUUUCUUCAACAUCUCCGCCUUCGGGAAGGAGUUCCACCUCCGUCUGCGCCCGAACAACAGGCUGGUGGCCCCGGGCGCGAUGGUGGAGUGGCACGAUGAGAUCCACGACUUUAGGAAUGCCAGCGAUGGCAAUGGUGGUGCUAGCAGCAACCAGACUAAAGCCAUCAACGGGGCGGAGAGGAUACUGCACCGUGAGCUGCUGAAGACAGACUGCACCUUCAUCGGUGACAUCACAGAUGUACCCGGGGCCUCGGUUGCCAUUAACAACUGUGACGGACUGGCUGGGAUGAUCCGCACCGACUCAGAUGAGUAUUUCAUUGAGCCGCUGGAAAGAGGCACUCAGGAGCUGGAGGACCAGGGCCGGGUCCACGUGGUUUACCGCAGGUCAGCUCUGCUGCAGGCCCCCUCCUCCGACAUCUCUGAGGACUACCAGCUAGAAGAACCAGAGCUGGAUGUACCCGGGACUCUAGACUCUGUAGCCCGGCAGGUCAACGAGACUGUCCGCCGUCGCCGAGAUGCCGGGGAGGAUGACUACAACAUCGAAAUCCUGCUGGGAGUUGACGACUCGGUGGUACGGUUUCACGGCAAGGAGCACGUGCAAAAUUACCUCCUCACUCUCAUGAAUAUCGUGAAUGAGAUUUACCACGACGAGUCGCUGGGAGUCCACAUCAACGUGGUGCUGGUGAGGAUGAUCAUGCUGGGUUAUGCCAAGUCCAUCAGCCUCAUUGAAAGAGGAAACCCAUCGCGUAGCCUGGAGAAUGUAUGCCGCUGGGCCUUUGUGCAGCAGAAAGGCGACCUUGAUCACGCCGAGCACCACGACCACGCAAUUUUCCUCACACGCCAAGGCUUCGGCCCCACUGGGAUGCAGGGUUAUGCUCCAGUCACAGGAAUGUGCCACCCAGUCCGGAGCUGCACCCUCAACCAUGAAGACGGCUUCUCUUCUGCCUUUGUUGUGGCUCACGAGACCGGACAUGUGCUGGGCAUGGAGCACGAUGGCCAAGGCAACCGCUGUGGGGACGAAACGGCGAUGGGAAGUGUGAUGGCUCCUCUGGUGCAGGCAGCCUUCCAUCGAUACCACUGGUCCAUGUGCAGCGGACAGGAACUGAAAAGAUACAUCCACACGUACGACUGUCUUUUGGAUGACCCCUUCAAACAUGACUGGCCUCAACUGCCUGAACUUCCCGGCAUCAACUACUCGAUGGAUGAGCAGUGUCGAUUUGACUUUGGAGUGGGCUAUAAGAUCUGCACCUCAUUCCGUACAUUUGACCCAUGUAAACAGCUGUGGUGCAGUCACCCGGACAACCCGUACUUCUGCAAAACCAAGAAGGGGCCGCCUCUCGAUGGGACUGAGUGUUCUCCUGGAAAAUGGUGCUACAAAGGUCACUGCAUGUGGAAGAAUCCUAAUCAGGUCAAGCAAGAUGGCGCCUGGGGCUCCUGGAGCAAAUAUGGCUCCUGUUCCCGCUCCUGUGGUACUGGAGUUCGCUUCCGGACCCGUCAGUGCAACACCCCAGCGCCCUCCAACGGUGGCCAGGACUGCCCAGGAGUGAACUACGAGUAUCAGCUCUGCAACAGUGACGACUGCCCAAAGCACUUUGAGGAUUUCCGAGCCCAGCAGUGCCAGCUCCGCAACUCCCACUUUGAGUUCCAAAAUGCCAAACACCAUUGGCUGCCCUACGAACAUCCUGACACUAACAAGAGAUGCCACCUGUACUGCCAGUCAAAGGAGACAUCAGACGUGGCCUACAUGAAGUUGCUGGUGCAUGAUGGGACACGAUGCUCUUACAAAGACGCCUACAGCAUCUGCGUACGGGGAGAAUGUGUGAAAGUUGGCUGCGACAGAGAGAUUGGCUCGACCAAAGUUGAAGACAAAUGUGGCGUUUGUGGUGGGGACAACUCCCACUGCCGCACCGUUAAAGGAUCCUUCACCCGGACACCAAAGAAACCUGGUUACCUUAAGAUGUUUCUCAUUCCUCCUGGAGCUAGACAUGUGAUGAUCCAAGAACAUGAGGCCUCCCCUCAAAUUCUUGCAAUCAAGAACCAGGCAACGGGGCAUUACAUCCUCAAUGGGAAAGGAGAGGAGGUCAAGUCCAGAAGCUUCAUUGACUUGGGCGUGGAGUGGCACUACAUAAUCGAGGAUGACGUGGAGACUCUACAUACUGACGGACCGCUGCAUGACCCUGUGGUGGUUCUGAUUAUACCCAAAGAUAAUGAAACACGGUCUACUUUAAUGUACAAGUACAUCAUCCACGAAGAUUCGGUGCCCGUCAACAACAACAACGUAAUCCAGGAGGAGACGUUUGAGUGGGCUCUGAAGAGCUGGUCUCCCUGUUCCAAGCCUUGUGCCGGAGGGUUUCAGUACACCAAGUAUGGAUGUCGAAAGAAAGGAGACACCAAAAUGGUCCAUCGGGGCUACUGCGAUGCCAGCAAGAAGCCGAAACCGAUCCGCAGAAUGUGUAACCUUCAGGACUGCACACAGCCUCAAUGGAUCUCAGAGGAAUGGGAGCAUUGCACCAAAACCUGCGGCAGCCUGGGCUUCCAGAUCCGGACGGUCCGCUGUGUGCAGUUCCUCCACGAGGGCACCAACCGCUCUGUCCACAGCAAGUACUGCAGCGGGGAGAAGCCAGAGAGCCGCAGACCCUGCAACAGGGUCUCCUGUCCUGCCCAGUGGAGGACCGGAGCCUGGUCAGAGUGCUCUGUGACCUGUGGAGAGGGGUUGGAGAGGCGUCUGGUCUCUUGCCGGAUCGGAGAUCAAUGCAACGGAGAAAAGCCUGAAAAUGUGAGAACGUGCAGACAGGGACCCUGCCAUGAUGAGCCAUGUAAUGGGGACAAAUCCAUUUUCUGCCAAAUGGAAGUCCUAGCGCGCUACUGCUCUAUUCCAGGAUACAACAAACUUUGCUGCGACUCCUGCACCAAGCGCGGUGGAGCUCUUUCUCUGUUCCCGGAGGCGGCUGAGACGGAGGAUCAUGUCCGCUUCGGAUCAGCCUCCCAGCUGCUCGAGACAUUAACAGCCUCUGCAGCGGCCAAUGGCACACGCAGAGGAAAACAAGGACCAGGCAAGGGAUCCACCGCCUCGGUCAAUGCUGUGAAACACGCCACCACCGCUGCCCCGCUUAAGAAAACCCUGUCGAAGAUCGCUACCACAGCACGGCGGGCACCACCACACAUUGCUCUCACUGGCAGGAAGCUGCCCGCUAUGGCACCAUCUCCCCUGGCUGAUUCCACACAGGAUCAAAGGUCGGGCAGCGUGACAGAUAGUGGGUGGCCCACAGCGUAUUCUGAAGUGGAGAGAUGAAAGAGACGCCCCUUUCCCUUCAGGACUUUCAAUAAUGUACUGCAGAUAAUCCAGCUUUAUCCUGAGUCUUCUCCCUCCAAAAACACCACAGAGAGAAACCCAGAGAAAGGAAAAAAAGUGCUGGUUCACUUUGUUGUUAAGAAUCCCCCUUCCUUUUUGCCCCUUAUAUUGACUUUUAAUCCAUCAUCUUCGAGGUUGCUCCCAGACUGUAAUAUUACCUAAAUUGAGUUGAUUGGCUUUCAUUCAUUUUAUUGAGAGGAAUAAAUAAUACAGUAAAUUCAAAUUGAAGGAACCGCAAGGGAAAUUUCAUCCCAUGUGAAAAGAUCAAUGAAACAAAGCAUUGCUAGUUAAUAGUGAAUCAUUUCAGGGAUACGAAAUAGCCAAAGGAUAAAUUAUUAUUCAUUUAAUUUACUCCAAAUUAACAGUAUAUAUAACAAUGAAUGGUGGCUUUUAUUUAAAACCAGGUGAAAGGUAAGGAAGAAGGUGUUCAUAUUCCCCCUCGGGUUUCUCUUUUCUCUGAUCAUUUAAUGAAUUUGGGCCCCUGUGUCUGCACAGCCUUGAAGCGUGCCCUCCCGAAAAUGUUCAGCAGACAGCGAGAGAGAAAAGGUCAAGAGGGGCCCGUAUUUAGAGCUGAUUCAAUUUGUAAAAAUGUAUGCACACUGCAGAAGUAUAACUCAGUACAGGAAUAAAACAGAAAUGCAUGCUGCACUUGUAACAAAAAAAUACAACAUGACUUCAGUGCAAAUUGUUACAUUCACAAUUGUGUUGUUCCUAAAGUUAAUCCCAGAGGUUUUUCGUUUGAUUAACAUUGUAUUACAGCAAGUUUCAACUAAUUAAACGCCACCAUUUCAAAUUUCUGGUCUUUCACAUUGGAUGGGAGGUUUUAUUUGCUAUUAAUUUAAAGUUGAAGGUGAUGGACACAAAGAUGUAAAACGGUCAUUCUGAUGCAGCUGAAAAUGUACUUGAACGUUACAAACUGCCAAUUUCUUGCCAAAAAAUGUAAGUGUGACGCUUAACUUAUAGAGAACCCAUGUGUCCUAGUAUGUGAAGAGACACUGCAUUUUACAAAAUCAAACACCAGUCUUUAUGGCCACAAAUGCAAAGUGGCACAACCAGUGGAAAUGGUUGCAGUUGUAUACAUUUUUUAUAUAGAUCCAGCAAUGUCAGUUAAAUGAAGCUCUACAGUUUCUAUUGAAAUGGGUAUUUAUAAAGGAUGCUGUAAAUACUGUGUAUGAAAAUAUCAGUACUAUUUUAAGAAGCUGAGGAUACUUUCAAAAAAACAAGUUAAUCAAUUAUAAAAGCAUUUAUGUUUCAGUAACAGUGUUACAAGGACAUAUGCAACUUUACUCUGUAUGUGAAUGCCAAGUUCUCUGGGGGUAAUUUUUCUAUAACAUUAGUUCAACCAAACACUCAGCUUAGCUUAGUUUAGCUUAGUUUAGCUUAACUUAACUUAGCUUAGCUUAGCUUAGCUUAGUUUAGCUUAACUUAGCAGAGCUUAGCUUAGCUUAGCUUAGUUUAGCUUAACUUAGCUUAGCUUAGUUUAGCUUAACUUAGUUUAGCUUAACUUAACUUAGCUUAGCUUAGUUUAGCUUAACUUAGCUUAAUUUAGCUUAGCUUAGCUUAGUUUGGCUUAACUUAGCUUAGCUUAGCUUAGCAUAGCUUAGCUUAAUUUAGCUUGGUUUAGUUUAGUUUAGUUUAGCUUAGCUUAGUGUAACAAGAAAACAGCGCAAACAUAUUUUGUUUAACAUUUAGCAAGGCUGUUUUCUAUUUGUUUCUUGUCUUUGCUAGGCUAGACUAAGCUACUAAUCGUCUUGCGGUCAGUUCAUCUCUACUGUGCAGCACAAGUGUUGUAUGAACUUCUCUUAUUUUUGGUUGGUAAGCAAAUAACUACAUUUCCCAAAAUAACACAUUUUCCUUCCAUCCUGGCCUUUACCUUGUCUGCUAGUCAUAUACCCUUUUCAAAUCUCUGUUUUGCCCUCCUUUUGAAAGUUUGUGCCGGGAAAUGUCAAAGAAGGGAACGUAUUUAACAAGGGUUCUCAAUCCUUUGUGUUCAAUACAGCAGUGUCUUGUUCAGCCAGAUCAGAUAAAAAAUGGAGGCAAAAAUUUCACCAUGCAACUGAGAAGACAUUUAUGCUUUGAUGGGACAAUGUAAGACGCAAACACACAUCUUGAAAUUGAUAUUGGGUCUUUGCUUGUUUUUGAUUAUUUUAUACAAUAACAUGAACUGUUGAUUUUACUCCCUUAAAGCUGCAUUAAGCGUUUUUUUUUUUGUUUUUUUUUUACCACUAUGGGGCAGUAAGACUACCAAACAAAUUACCAGUUAGCACACAUCCAGCAGAGAGUUAGCUUGAUUAGCAUUCCAUUGAAACAUCUUUGUGUUCACCUGAUGAAUGAAAAUCCAGCAUUCACUCUUCGCUAUUUGCUCGGUUUUGGUCUCAACCAACUCCCAGGUGAAAUAUCUGUCUCUUGAACUUUAAGAUUGUUAACCCCCGCUAGUUGUUUAUUUCAGCUCUCUGCUGUUUGGUGCUAACACAGCUUCUUUAAUCUGAGAGAGUUGUUAAGGAAACAACAUGCUAAACCCUGUGGGCUGCAGGUUUUCAUUCUCAGCUGUUUCAGCUCUUUGCACACAUUAUGCAAUCAUGUGAUACAUUUCCUAAAUAUAAAAAAACUUGCUUAAUGGAGCUUUAAGAUCAUCUCAACCAAUUAGUCUAAACAAGGUUUUAUUUCAAGUGUUGUGUCUGCAUGAACAAGGCCUCAUUAUAAGCCAAAGAUGCUUAAAAUGUUUUGCUGUAUGUGGAACAUGGCCCCCGCCCCCAACUUAUUUACAGAAUGGCUUUUUUAUGGUGGAAAAUGGUUCAGGAGAGUAGAAGCUAUUUAUUUGAAAAAGAGAAAAAGGAUUUUUUUCACAACCACAAUGCAUCUGACUGCAAUAGCAAAGACACAGUUGUGUUUUCAGCAAAUGAACAACUAUUCACACUCACUCCUGUGUGCCAAUGUAUAGUACAUGUAUAUAGCAUUCAGUACGUAAGUAUUUAUUGAAAGUAAAAGGGCUCUGCUUUGUUUUUUACAAUAUGUGCAGUGCCGGCUGGUCAAUAAGCUGCAGCAGAUAAACGAUUGAAUCACUUCUAAUGACCAUUUUUCAUCUGCAUUUUCAUGGAUUUCAAUGGAUUUCUACUUUUUUUUUAAACAUGGUAGCCUAGAAAUUACAUUGUUUUUUGCAAAAAAUUAGAUGUAAAUAUACAUGCUCAAUUUUGAGAUGUUUUACUUAUUGUCAGAAAGCUGUCUUUUUACAGCUGUUUUGUUGAAGUUGUUAACAGAGCUGUUACAUCACAGCAACAUGUACUGACCAGACAAAUGCUUUAUUUUAACCAAUAAAACAUUAAUAGUGUAGUACCAGUAACCAGUAAAGUCUUUUGUAUGCUGUUUGUACUGUAGUUUUCACUAUCGUCUAACCAUUUGACAUUUUGCCCCCUUGUUCUUUCGAUUGCUGCCUAUACAACAUUGCUGCUAAUGUUACGCAGAGCUUGUAAUGGUAAAUAGUUGUAGAUGUUACAUUGACAAUCCCUGAGCCUCAGACAGAUAUUAUUGCAUAGGAUUCUCCAUGUAAUGUAACGAUAGCCCCUGUGCUACCCGUGCAUUGAAGUAUUAGCCUACGAUUGUCAUGACUGUCAGUCACUCUCUGCUCUAUUUGCUUUUCUCUGUAUUUGUGUAGAUUGAAGUGUACACUACUGAUGCUGUUUGUUGUAUUGGGGAGCACAUAGCAAUAAAAGACAUGAUUAACUUC